CAGCUCGACGGCGUCCUGCUUCUUUCUUUUCAUUUUAUUUUGAUUCUGCUUGCUAUGAAACGACGUCGUUUGGGAUACCCCUCCCACUUCACGUGCCUUCCUCGCCUACUAUUGUUGACCAUUCAAAUUUCUUACGAGAAAUGAAGCUGAAAACCCUAACUAUUGUUUCUGAAAAUGGAGUUCCUCAGCUCAAAUCUCGAUUCCGCCUUGUCGAAUAUCUCACUGCUCUCCAAAUUCCACUCAAAACCCUCCUCAAAUCUCUUCUCUUCUUUCAGAUUAUCGAGUCUCAACAGCCGGAGAAGAAACAAGAAUCAUCUUUGUCCGAACCUCGUUUUCUGUAAUAAGAACACCUGCCCACAAGCCGAUAAUCAAUAUUUUACAGCUGAAAAUAAAGAUUUUAUUAAAAGGGUCGGCCGAGGAGUGCUCGGUUUCGCCGCCGCCGUGUCGUUGCUCUGUGAUUCGCCGGCGUUUGCUGAAUCACUGACUGUAGUUUUUCCUCUUUCUCACAACCGUGAGAUUCUUAGGUGAAUACUGUACAAAGAACACUUGUGGAGGCAUGGGGUUUGAUUAGAGAAACCUUUGUGGAUCCAACUUUCAAUCAUCAGGAUUGGGACUUAAAAUUACAACAAACGAUGGUCGAAAUGUUUCCACUUAGAUCAGAAGAUGCUUUCGACUCUUGGAGAUCCUUUUACGCUCACAAUCAGUCCUAAGGAAUAUCAAAGUUUUAGAAUAGGAAGCGACGGAAAUUUGCAAGGUGUCGGCUUAUUUAUCAACGUUGAACCGCAGACCGGACACAUGGUUGUUUUAUCGUGCAUAGAGAAUAGCCCAGCUGCGCGGGCUGGUAUACGCGAAGGAGAUGAGCUAAUGGAAAUAAACGGUGAAAGACUCGACGGAGUGGCAAGUGAAGCAGCUGCACAAAAGCUCAGGGGACAUGUUGGAACAACUGUUACAGUAAAAGUUCACACUGGCGGUUUGGUAAAAGCAGGACUCGAUGUGGCUCAGAUUUGGCUGGAUGGAACCAAGACUUUAGUCAACACUAUCGAUAGAGUCGGGAAUAUGUUACCAAUAGACAUGAUCGAUGGUCAUGCUUUAACACGCGAUCCACUUGUUGUCCUUAGAGACAUCGUAUACACGGGAGACACUCUCAAAACUUCAUCGUUAGCUAUGAGCCGCAUGCCGAUGAAGAACAAGUAAAGUUUAUU